GCAUUUUCGUUUCAAAUGUUAACUGAGGAUGGUGUGUUUUGAUAGUUUUUAGUUGGACUCCGGUGAUCAUUGCGGCAGGUCGUAAAGAAAAAUCUUUAAAUCGAAAAGAAAGAAAAAAAAAAUUCUUAAAAAAUUUCCGUGCUAGUGGAGUCGGGGAUUCCAAUUGUUUUUAGAAAUCAAAUUUUUUUAAAUUGAAACAGAAAUUUUGUGCAAACUAAAUUUAAAAAAAAAUGUAAUUUUCGUCGGAUGAUCAACCCAAUUCACUCAAGAACUCGCUUCGAACAGGUUCCAAGUAAAAUGUGCAAAUUUCAAACGGCAAAUUGUUUAUGACAAAUUGAAACGGGCAAACCGAAAAAAGUGAGAGAGAAAAAUCAACGAAAAUCUCCGGAGAAAUUAGAAUUACAAAUAUUUUGGAUUUUUUGUGCGUUAUAAAUCAAGCAAAUCUGAUCUGGUUAUUCAAAACCAAGGAAAUACGAGAAGUCGAUGAAUUUAUGAUAUGAAUACGUUGCUAAUAAUAAAAUCGAUCAAAAUGAAUGUGAACAAGUGGUAUCUAGUGUUAUAUCUAACUGUUCUCAUUGGCAACAUUUACGUUGAUGGAUUAAGCACGGCAACUAAUGAACGUGAUGGCCGAAAACUGUUCGGCGGCUAUCGAAUUACACCAAAAUUUUGCAGAGCAUCGAAAACGUUGCCCAGUUCCGAUCCUCGAUCGCACGGACCGACCAUAUGUAUGUUCAAUCACGAAUGUACGCAACGGCAAGGUGAAGUAGUGGGCGCAUGCAUGGACGGAUUCCUAUUUGGGGCGUGUUGUCAACUGCAUGGCGAGGUCGACACACCUCUGAUCGACGAACAGGAUAUCGAUCAUCCGCAGUCGAAUUUAGCCGCUGCUCUUUCCUACGAGUCGUAUGGUAAUCAACAAUCGUAUCAAGGCGCUGGCAAUAAGUACACGGAAAUCAAGCUGCAAGAGAAUGCGAUGAAACAUCGACCGUCAAUGUCGCACAAAUAUGGUGGCAUCAAGAACAAUUACUACGGAUCGUCGAUUGAUGAUGAGAGUAGUUUAGGCUCUGGUAAUUUGCCCAGCAACGAACUGUAUUCGUCGCACCACAAUCCGGACAUUAACGGUUUCUACGUGGAGAAUGAUUCGGUGUCGGUUUCGUCUCCGUCCCCAGAAUACAGCAGUAGCAGUAGUAGCAGUACACAAGGCUAUUAUUCCACAACGAUGACCCCGUCCACAUCAGCCCAGGACUAUUAUCUACCUCCAUCGACAGGCACAAGUCCACAAGAAGCAUUCAGCCAAGAACUGCCAACAUUAAUUCCAACCGGUCCAUACGGUGCAUCCGAUGCAUUCAAUCAAAUAUCGCAGACAAUGUUCAACAGCCAGAGUGCCGAUUUCACUUACAGCGGAAUCACUCAUCCCGGCGUUGAUUCAAUCAUUGUCGAGGAAGGAACUUAUGCCGAACCGGUAUCCGUUUCAACGGAAAGACUAUCGACAACCAGUUUGGCACCGCAAAAGGUUACGCAUGCAAAGCCGGUCUUCAAACCGAAACCGACCAAAGGCACUCAGAACAAAUUCGUGUUGGUUCAGACAAUCGAUCAUCGUGAUAAACCGUCGAAGCAUGGAUCGAUGUCUGAGAAUGACAUCGAGUCCAUUGAAUCGAUCAUUUUGAUGUUGAAUGACACGAAAACGGGACCGCAAUACAACACCGAUCCUACCAAUAAUUAUGGGGGCAGUAGCACGAAUGCCAUUGACUACAGCAAGUAUGGACAGUCCAGUUACUACAUAACAACCAAAUUGCCAUCAUCGACGCCACAGCCACCAUCUACCAGUUAUGUAUACAGUCCCGAGCCAACUCGGCGACCAAUUAAUGUACAGUCUACCAUUGCCAGUAGUUAUGGUGCCGUGACUCCAGGACAUUCAACGACUUCGUAUGUGGUAACAGGUUCAUCGAGCGCCACAACAAGACUACCAUCUACGAGUUAUGUCACCGGCAGUCCGACUACAAAACGCCCGCCAGAUGAAUCGAAUGACGAAAUCAUUGGGAGCAGUUAUCGGCCGACGACGUACGCUACUAAAAAGCCCACCAAAGCUAAGAAUCCCGUGUCCGUCAAAAUUUCAACGAAAGAGCCUCCAUCAACGAGUUAUGUAACCGGUCCAACAACACCUCGUCCGAAAAGUACAACACCAAAGAAACCAUCCACCAGCUACGUCUAUUCGACAACGCCGACCAGAAAGCCAACGCUCACCACAAAGAAAGGAACGAAGAAACCAACAACGAUUAGCCCAAUUCUGAUCGGAUCGAGUUACGGCAGCUCGGUGACAACCGAGAAAGUUCCUCAUGAGCACAUCAUUCAAUCGAAACCGUUGGGUCAAGUGCCGCUUAAAGAUAACUUGGGCACCGACAAUCCCUCACCAACCGUUCUCAUUACACCGAAACCGACAGUGAACUUGAUAACCUCAAGCACCUGGACACAGAGGCCCAAUCUGGUGACGAAAAACACAUUGUCAACCAAACAACCAAGCACAUCGUACGUGUACAGUCCUGUUGUCACGUAUAGACCGACUUCGGGACCAAGUACAACUGCUGGUUACACUGUAUCAUCGUAUGGAAGUUCAACGCAAGACUACGUCUCGUCGCCAAGUGGUACAGGUGUAUCGGGACCAGAUUUCUCACUGUUACCAGACAGUGUUUCUGUGUCGAAUGACUUCUACGAUUCUGGAUACUAUGGCCAAUCAUCGACACACCGUCCGCAUCAUACAUAUACAUCCACUUCCGGGUACGGUGUGUACGAAAACGAUUACGAAAACACCAUUUCGGGAUCGUCAACAUCGUAUCCAGCCUUCCUGGGAGCGACCCAAUCGUACGGUCCGAACGGGAAACUUCCCAUCGAAUACUCAACCAAUCAUGAAGAGUUCUACACGUCGCCCAACGAUCUGAACAAUUUUCCGCCCGUUCGCAAUCCUAAUUUGAAUAUGUCGGCUGCGCUAGGAACCGGUGUUGCUAUGGACGAGUACGAUGUCUCAACACCGGAGUUCGUUGAGGAUCAAAUUUUGGACGAUAAGAUGGGACUGUUGGUGAGCAAAAUUGUCGAGUCGCUGCAGGGCAAUUUCGACGAAUUGGCCGAUGUUGUUUAUCAAGAGAAGAACUCCACUGUGACAAAGCGACCAUCGGGUACGACGAAGAAACCCGUUCAGAAGGUUACAACAACAAAACGACCUGGAAUCAGGCCAGGAACGACUAUUUCCAGACCAGGUGCGACGACUCAAAAGACUCCAGCUACAAGAGUUACUACCAAACGACCAAGUGUUGCACAGACAAAUACAAGGCGAACAACAAAGAAACCGACAACGAUAACAACGAGAAGGCCGACAGUGACCAAGGUCACGACAACACGUCGUCCAACAACAAAACCGACCAAAAAACAGAUUCAAACAACCACGGUGCAACAAGACGAAAUCGAUGAAGAAGAUGAGGAAAACGAGGGAGCAGAUGAUGAAACCGCUGACCAGGAAGAAGAGACUUCAACACUGGCUGAAGGACGGAUUCGUGAGUCGGACGAAAUGAUUUUUGUGAGACAUGAAGACUCAAAUGUUCUGUUUCCAUUAGAAUGUGGCGUUCGACCGCAGGUGAAAUCCGGACGAAUUGUUGGCGGAAAGGGAGCGACUUUCGGCGAAUUUCCAUGGCAAGUGUUGGUCAGAGAAUCGACUUGGCUGGGACUUUUCACCAAGAACAAGUGCGGUGGCGUUUUGAUUACAAAGAAUUAUGUGAUGACGGCCGCUCACUGUCAGCCAGGAUUCCUAGCCUCUCUUGUCGCCGUGUUCGGAGAGUUUGACAUCUCUGGCGAUUUGGAAACCAAACGAUCAGUGACGAAAAAUGUGAAACGAGUGGUCGUUCAUCGGGAAUACGAUGCGGCAACAUUUGAAAAUGAUUUGGCUCUGUUGGAACUGGAAAGUCCGAUACAUUACGACACACACAUUGUUCCCAUUUGCAUGCCAGCCAAUUUGGCCGACUUCACGGGAAGAAUGGCAACAGUCACUGGAUGGGGAAGAUUGAAGUAUGGUGGAGGUGUGCCAUCUGUGCUGCAAGAAGUUCAAGUGCCAAUAAUCGAGAACAGUGUUUGCCAAGAAAUGUUCCACACAGCCGGUCAUAAUAAGAAAAUUUUGCCAUCAUUCCUCUGUGCGGGCUACGCAAAUGGACAGAAAGACUCGUGCGAGGGCGAUUCAGGCGGACCGCUUGUGCUGCAACGCAGUGACGGUAGAUGGGAAUUGGCCGGAACCGUAUCGCAUGGUAUCAAAUGCGCUGCACCAUAUCUGCCCGGUGUUUAUAUGCGAACGACGUACUACAAACCGUGGCUGGAAAGUGUGACCGGAGUGCAUUGAAUUUAAGUUUUGGUUUUUUCGAUUUUUAAAUUAAAUUUUUUUUUUGGUUUGGUUUGUUGGAUGUGAACAAAUUGUAAACGGACAGAGUAAUCAAUGUGAUCGCAAACAAAAAAAAGGGAGAAAAUUUUCGGUAAAUUCGAUUCGAAGUAAAAGAGGAAGAGAGUGCCGGUCGCAAGACAGCACAAUGUAUUAGUCAACAUAA